AUGCAGAUCACAACCCUCCUCGCCGCGGCAGCCUGCCUCGCCGCCGGCGUCGAAGCCCGACUAGCCGCGCUGGGGCUCCCGGCCACCAUCCGGCCGGGCGACGUCUUCGAGGCCAGGGGCCAGCAGGGCAUCACCAACGAUGCAUACGCCGGCGGCACCGGUGGCUACCCGGGCAACAUCGGCACCGUGUUCAUCGGCCAGACCGACCUCACCGGCGAGUACUCCCCCUCCUCCCCCUUAUCUCGGGUGACCUCCCUGCAAGGCUACAACGGUUCACCCCCGGGCCCGGCCACGAUCCAGGCCGUCAUCCUGCAGUUCAACGGGGUCUUCAACCAGGCGAGCCUGCAGACCUUCUGGUGGGACGUCACCGUCGGCGACGAGACGAGCGAGGGCCGCGUCUACGCCCAGCUUGGGGAUGCGAAUGCGCGGUUCUGCGGGCUUGAAUGGAGAGGGGGGGUGUUCGGUAGCUCCCGCCUUGCGUCUCUCAUCCUUGCCAUGACGUAG